CGCGUGAAAUAACUCACACUAUUUCAUUUACUCACUCACAGGGCGAAUAGCUCCACGCUUCUCGUUCCUUAAAUUCCUCUUCCCAAGCUCUCUCUCUCUCUCUCUCUGCGUGUUUUCCCUUCUUGUCCAUUCAUAUAUAUCACAAUUUCAACUGCAAAUUUUGAACAAAACUUAAUUAAGAAAUCCUUCUCCGGAGCCAUGGCAGAUCUCAAGUCCACAUUCUUGAACGUCUAUUCUGUUCUCAAAUCUGAACUCCUCCACGACCCUGCUUUUGAGUUCUCCGAUGAUGCUCGUAAUUGGGUCGACCGGAUGCUGGACUACAAUGUGCCGGGAGGAAAGUUGAACCGGGGACUGUCAGUAAUUGAUAGCUACAGAUUGUUAAAAGAAGGACAGGCAUUAAAUGAUGACGAAAUUUUUCAUGCCAGUGCUCUUGGUUGGUGUAUUGAAUGGCUUCAGGCAUAUUUUCUUGUUCUUGAUGACAUUAUGGAUAACUCUCACACACGCCGUGGUCAGCCAUGCUGGUUUAGAGUGCCCAAGGUUGGAAUGAUUGCAGCCAAUGAUGGAGUUCUACUAAGAAACCAUAUUCCACGUAUCCUUAAAAAGCACUUCAGGGGAAAGCCAUAUUACGUUGAUCUUCUUGAUUUGUUUAAUGAGGUUGAGUUCCAGACUGCUUCAGGACAGAUGAUAGAUCUGAUCACCACACUGGAAGGAGAAAAAGACCUGUCUAAAUACACAUUAACACUGCAUCGACGUAUUGUUCAGUACAAGACUGCAUAUUAUUCCUUUUACCUUCCGGUUGCAUGUGCAUUGCUCAUGGCGGGUGAGGAUCUUGACAACCAUGUUGAUGUAAAGAACAUUCUUGUUGAGAUGGGAACAUACUUUCAAGUACAGGAUGAUUAUUUGGAUUGUUUUGGUGAUCCUCAAACAAUUGGAAAGAUAGGUACAGAUAUUGAAGAUUUCAAGUGCUCUUGGUUAGUUGUGAAAGCCUUGGAACUUAGUAAUGAACAACAAAAGAAAGUUCUACACGAGAACUAUGGUAAGGCAGAUCCAGAAAAUGUUGCUAAAGUUAAGGCCCUGUAUAAUGAGCUUAAUCUUCAGGCUGUAUUUGAGGAGUAUGAGAACGGGAGCUAUGCAAAGCUUGUUUCCUCCAUUGAGGCUCAUCCUAGCAAAGCAGUUCAAGCUGUAUUGAAGUCCUUUUUGGCUAAAAUUUACAAGCGGCAGAAGUAGAGUCAACUUAAGGUGAGGACCAAAAUUGUUGAACAUGCAAUAGAAACUAGAGUUGUGAUUUCUAUCUAGAGCAGUAUCAUGUUCCGUGGCUUGGAAUUUUUCAAAAAUUGAUUUUCUUCUUGUCAUUUUUUUUUAAUUUUUGUUUUUUAGUGAUAAGAUCUUGUUGUAUUUUAUCUUCUAAUCUGUCUUGGGAUACUUGUUUGACUAUUUAUAAUUUCUUCUGAAACUUUUGGUUCAUUAUUAUUAGAGUUCUGUUAUUUAUAUAAUA